AUGCAGAACGUAGAAAUGACAGAGUUUUCGCAAUCAGGCCAAAUUUCUAAAGAUUUAUCACUAACUUCACCCACUUCUCAGAGCAAAAACAAUGAGAGUGCUGCAAUGAGAAAGAGAAAGUGGGGGAAGAUGAAGAUGGAGAAGGAGAAGGAGAAGGAGUGGAAGAUAAAGAAAGUGUUGACCAAGAGCGACGUUGGGAGGCUGAGCAGGCUCUUGUUCCGGGCAGAUAUGGUGGAGACGUUGAUGCUGCCCGUGCAGGGUGCCCAUGCCCAAAUAGAGGCCAACAGUGGAACGGGCACUCCGGUCAGCGUGUGGGACGUUGACACCAUGUCCAUGCACAAACUCAUUCUCAAGCGUUGGCCUUCUUUCAACAACUUUGUCCUCAAUGGAGGAUGGAGCCGUGACUUUGUCAGGAGAAGGAAGUUGAACCAUGGCGAUGAAAUUGGACUUCUCUGGGAUUCCUACACUCACUGCUUUCACUUCUCUCUCCUCAAACCAAUUCACUAA